AUGGCCGACAAUGGAGAGGGACCGUCGUCCCUGACAUCAAACUCGUUACAGAUUGCAAGCUCUAUCCCUCGCUCCUUUCGUUCUGCUUCGCCCAUGCGAGAAACGUCCAUGGCCCGACUGGCUUCUCCCGUCCCAUCAAACUCGUUUACCGGAACACCUUCCUCUGUGAAAUCGGGAAGAAGGUCGGCUACACCAGUCGCACAAAAUGAAAGCCUUGCCGCGAUUGAGAACAAAGCUUCGUUACCCGGCCCUGGUCAAUCUGCUUUAGCCUCUGCUCUUCAAGACUCAAACGGCCUGAUUCCUAGUUCUGUCCAGUCCAAUACCCCUCCGAGGCAAGCGGCGCUGCCCGAACUGCGUGAAUACCCGUCUAUAGACAAGUUUGCACGCUCAAGCUACGGUUCAUUUGACCCAAAAUCGACCGAUGACGGAGCUGAAAGCUCGCGGGGAAUUGAGGACCCGGAAGUUGUAAAGAGACAUCUAGUUCGGCCUCCAGAUCUUGACUACAGUCGAAAUUCGCAUUCCUCAAGCGAAGCAGCGAAUGGUAUUGACGAUGAGGAGUUCUCGAGCUUGAGAUUGCAAGGUGGUGAUGUGACGAGACAGGUGUAUCGCUGGACAGAAGAUGCCGAAGCUCAAGCGUCAGGGAUCAGACGGCCAACUAGGAGCCGAAGUUUUUCGGUCAAAAGACCCGAGCCGGAAAGCGAGACUAUGAAUAUAAAUUCAAUUCGAGUUCCUGGGGGUUUCCGAAGAGACUAUUUGCGGAGAACUCUGGGAAGCCCCGGUCCGCAGGGUCGAGGAGAUGACGGUCUAUAUGUUGCACCGACACAACCACGGUUUCUUACUAGCAACUUCCUUGAAUUCCUGACUUUGUAUGGCCAUUUCGCUGGUGAAGAAUUGGAAGAGGAUGAUGAAGUUUUAGGGCCAGGGGAAUUCUUCUCAUCCGAUGUGUGGGAAGAAGGCGACGAGGCGCAGCCCGAAGAAGAGACGGCUUUACUGCGCCCGGACACACCUGGGCUCAAAAGACGCAAGCACAAAGAGCGUGCUCCACAAGGGACAACUACCUCAAUGGGCGCUGCUCUUCUCCUUCUCAAAUCAUUUGUUGGCACUGGUGUUCUAUUUCUGCCCCGCGCGUUUCUAAACGGGGGUAUGCUGUUUAGUUCUAUCGUCCUCCUAGUCGUCUCGUUGGUCAGUUUCUACUGUUUUAUACUGUUGGUGAACUCACGCUUGAAAAUUGAAGGGUCGUUCGGCGACAUCGGAGGUGUCCUAUAUGGGAAAUGGAUGCGACGGAUCAUCCUCGGUUCUAUCGUGCUUAGCCAGAUGGGUUUUGUUUCCGCGUAUAUCGUGUUCACUUCCCAGAACUUGCAGGCAUUCAUCUUGGCUGUCAGCAAAUGCUUGACCUACAUCGAUAUCAAAUACAUGGUUCUCAUGCAGCUCAUCGUUUUCCUUCCGCUAUCGUUGAUUCGCGACAUCAGCAAAUUGGGGUUCACGGCUCUCAUUGCCGAUUUUUUUAUUAUGCUUGGAUUGAUCUACCUUUAUUAUUACGAUAUCACCACCAUUGUUGAACAGAAAGGCGUCUCGGAUAUCAUCGCCUUCAACCCCAAUUCAUGGACUCUCUUCAUUGGCACUGCAAUCUUUACCUACGAAGGUGUUGGUCUGAUUAUUCCCAUUCAAGAGUCAAUGAAGCAACCCAAAAAAUUCCCUGGUGUCCUCGCUACAAUCAUGGUCCUAGUGACCGUUGUUUUCCUAUCAGCCGGUGCUGUGAGCUAUGCUGCAUACGGGUCCUCAACAAAGACUGUCGUUCUUCUUAAUCUCCCGCAAGAUGACAAGUUCGUGAACGCAGUUCAGUUCCUCUACUCGUUGGCAAUCUUACUGAGCACGCCGCUGCAACUCUUCCCGGCUAUUCGCAUCACUGAGAACGAGCUCUUCACUCGCAGCGGUAAAUACAACCCAGGUAUCAAAUGGAAGAAGAAUUUCUUCCGCUUCUUUCUUGUCAUGAUUUGCGCGCUUGUGGCCUGGGGUGGUGCCGGUGAUCUCGACAAAUUCGUUUCGCUUGUUGGCAGCUUUGCCUGUGUGCCGCUUGUCUAUGUCUACCCACCACUGCUACAUAUGAAAGCUUGCGCAACAACACGGUUCCAGCGCAUUUCUGACAUGAGUCUUGCUGUCCUUGGCAUGAUAUGCUGUAUAUACACCACGGCGCUAACCGUCUACAACUGGGUUGGCGUACCAGCACCUCCUCCAUCUCCUGGCUACUGCGACGUAUAA